GCGGCCUGGCCAGCGCGCCGCUCCGCUCGGUCCUCCCGCCCGGCUCCGCCGCCGCCCGUUCCCUGCACCGCAGCCGCCCGCGCGUCCUCCAGCACCAUGUCGGUGGCCGGGCUCAAGAAGCAGUUCCAUAAAGCCACUCAGAAAGUGAGUGAGAAGGUUGGAGGAGCUGAAGGAACCAAGCUAGAUGAUGACUUCAAAGAGAUGGAGAGGAAAGUGGAUGUCACCAGCAGGGCUGUGAUGGAAAUAAUGACGAAAACAAUUGAGUACCUUCAACCCAAUCCAGCUUCCAGAGCCAAACUCAGCAUGAUCAACACCAUGUCAAAAAUCCGCGGUCAGGAGAAAGGGCCAGGUUACCCCCAGGCAGAGGCACUGCUGGCAGAAGCCAUGCUCAAGUUUGGAAGAGAGCUUGGAGAUGACUGCAACUUUGGCCCAGCGCUUGGUGAGGUGGGGGAGGCCAUGAGGGAACUCUCGGAGGUAAAGGACUCCUUGGACAUGGAAGUGAAGCAGAACUUCAUUGACCCCCUUCAGAAUCUUCAUGACAAAGAUCUGAGGGAAAUUCAGCAUCAUCUAAAGAAGUUGGAGGGUCGACGCCUGGACUUUGAUUACAAGAAGAAACGACAAGGCAAGAUUCCUGAUGAAGAGUUACGUCAAGCUCUGGAGAAAUUUGAUGAGUCUAAGGAAAUUGCUGAGUCAAGCAUGUUCAAUCUCUUAGAGAUGGAUAUCGAGCAGGUGAGCCAGCUGUCUGCGCUCGUCCAAGCCCAGCUGGAAUACCAUAAGCAGGCCGUCCAGAUCCUGCAGCAGGUCACUGUCAGACUGGAGGAAAGAAUAAGACAAGCUUCAUCCCAGCCAAGAAGGGAGUAUCAGCCUAAACCUCGAAUGAGCCUGGAGUUUUCUACUGGGGACAGCACUCAGCCCAAUGGGGGCCUCUCCCACACAGGCACCCCCAAACCUGCAGGUGCCCCAAUGGAUCAGCCCUGCUGCCGAGCUCUAUACGACUUUGAACCUGAAAAUGAAGGGGAGCUGGGUUUUAAAGAGGGUGAUGUCAUCACACUCACUAACCAGAUUGAUGAGAACUGGUAUGAGGGCAUGCUCCACGGCCAGUCAGGCUUCUUCCCCAUCAACUAUGUGGAGAUUCUGGUUGCUCUGCCCCACUAGGAUGUUAACGCUGGCUGCCUCACCUCUUCUUGACCCAGAUAGUUAGGUUUAACCACUGCUUUGGUAAUGCCGCUUACAAUACAUCCCAAGUGCAGGCUGCAGUGGUCCAAGUCGUCAAGCCCCGCUGAGUACGUUUGGUUGGCUUGUGUGACCCCACAGGAGUCAUGGUGAUGGAUGGUAUCUUCUUAGCCUGGUGGGCAUGGCGUGUGCUUUUCCAGUACCAUUUGAGACCAGCCAGUAGUCACAGAACUGCUGUUUACCCAGUUCUCAGGAGGCUGUGGCCUCUGAGAAUUUGACCAUGCGCCACAUCACAGAUCCACCAUCCUACUGAAGAUAUUAUCUAUCACUGGCGGGCCAUCUCAAGGUCUCAGGUUCUCCGUUUAAGUAGAAGAGAAAGUUCUUGUUUUCACAUCAACCCCUCCCAAACGUGUGAGUCACAGAACUGUCCAAGAAAGCCUCCCUCACCAGCAAAUUAUCUUCUUGUCUGAAUGAAUGAAUCCCUGGACGCUCUCAUAGAAAGUGUUGAGUGUGGGUUCAAAGCCUUCUCUGAAGAGUCUCCUUUGUUCCCCUGCUUAUGCCUAUUUCUGAGGUUCAGCUGGUUUUCUUCCCUCCCUGCUGUUAAAGCCAGAGGGUGAUUCCCAUUUUAUCUCUAAGUAAGAUGGUCAUCAUGUUGUGGGAGGAGCUGAAGAGGUUCUCUGCUAUGAGGAAUUGGAAAGGACCUGGUCUCCAAGCUUUCCUUUCUUGCUGUACAGAAACCAGAGAUGUAUACAGGGCAUUUCUGAAGGUACACGGAAGGGGGAACAGAUGUCUUCACUUCAGUUCUGUUUAUGAAUUACGUGUUUCAUGAAUCCAUUUGGUACAGAAACACAAGAAGAAGAGCACUCGAAACCAUUUCCCGACUAGUUCAUAGACCAAGAAACAGUAACUAUCUUCCCAUUCCACUUUCACCUUGUGUUCUUUGAACAUCGUUUGUGCAUAUUCUGCCCUCAAUGAGGACCAAAUAAAGAUGAUUUUUGUGCUUAGCAGUUUAAGAUGUGUGGCUGCAUAUGCAAGACUCUUUCGCAGUUCAGUAACGACAUUUAUUUCUGUCUCUUCUAUCUCCUCUUCAUUUUGUGUGUACAGUGCUAUGCGUAUGCUUAUGAGUUGUUGUUGUUGUUUUUUUGUAUCAGUCACUAAAGUCUUGUUAGGUAUCCAGAGUUCUAUUUAUCUAGCUGUACAGAUUCUUUCAGAGGUUUAAUGUGCUGCUUCGGAUGUGCCACCUGCGGUUGUGGAUCAUGUGGAGUGAAAGGCAAAUCUUACUGCUUAAUGUAUAAAGUCUUCCCACAGGAAGCGUUGCUGUUUCCAA